AUGUCUUCUUCAGUGGUAUUAGACAAUGUAGAUGACUAUUUGGCGCCAUCGCAAGCUUGCAUCAAUCCGCUUUUCCAGCCCCCUGACGCCGCCAAGGCUGACGACGACAAGGCAACACGAACGACAAUCGCCAAGGUCGUUCCUCGUCGCAGAAGACGGAGAACCCCAAUAUCUGAUGAAUCAAAAUCAUCAUCGACUACCACUGCCACUGGUACUGGUAAUGGUACUAAAAAUAAGACUGAAACCAUCCAAAAUGAAGAAGGGGACAAAGCUGCAACAACAAGCGAGCAGGGGAAGAAAGAUUCGGUUGUCAAGGCAUCGAUUGCUGAUUGCUUGGCUUGUUCCGGUUGCGUGACAACAGCAGAAACAGUUUUGUUGGAGCAACGUCAUUCCCUCCAAUCCCUGCGUCAGAAACUGGAAUUCGCUCGGGGACGAUCCCGCACCAUCACCAUUUCUCCGCAUUCCUGGGCGGAUAUUUGUCGCCACUGGAAUCUAUCAUCAUCUCCCUCCGUAUCAAACAGCCACUGCACAGACAAUCGGAAGAAUCGGAUCCAAGAUCCCUUUCGCCUUCAAUUUACGACGCUGUUGAGCCAGGUUUUGGAUGCAGAUAUUGUCGUAGAUGGCAGUCUUCCUUUGCAGUGGACCUGGUUGGAGGAAGCACAGGAAUUUGUUGAACUGUACCGUAGCCGGCAGAGGCGUCUAGCUGAUUCACAACAAUCAGAUUUGUAUGAAGAAGAAAAAAACGACUUGAACGCAAGUAAACGAAAAAGUCCUCCUUUAACAUCCACUGCAGUCGAUGGCACAAAGACAACCUACUAUUUUCCUGAAGGGACAUCGAAGACAGUAGACAACAGCAAAGAUGAAUAUGAUGAGACAUCCUUACCCUUGAUCAGUGGCUCGUGCCCUGCUUUGGUGUGCCUAGUGGAAAAAUCAAGAUCCAAUCUGGUCCCUCACUUGUCACGAACUCAAUCACCAAUGAGUAUGAUGGGAUCAGUUUUGAAGAGACUAGAACAAGACCAGAACCACGAGAAUAAAAUUAUCACAAAAACUGCUACAGACACGUGGGAUCACUGGGCGAUCAUGCCAUGCCAUGACAAGAAGUUGGAAGCAUCACGCCAGGAUUUUGUGUUUCCAAAUCCCAAAAGGAGCGCCGUUGAUUUAGUCAUUACUACCUCCGAGUGCGUGGAGCUGAUUGAGGAAUAUGUGCGAUCUCAAAAAAAAGACGAAUCGCAUUGUGCGGAGUUGACAGUGGCAUCUUAUCUUCAAGAUUUGCCUUUAGCGAAACAAAAGGCUAUUACCGAAUACCACGAAGUUCCUUCCAAAGCUCCAACUGAAGCAACAUACUUGACAACAACGUCAAAUUCGAGUUUAGCGUUCGGAAAUAAUGACAACACGAACAAGAUGGUUUCAAAGACACAAGGAGCCAUAGCAUCUGCACACUCCUCAGGAAGUCAUGCUGAUUUCAUAUUUUUGUAUGCCGCACAUGAACUCUUUGGGUGUGUUUUGGACACGGUAUCAUGGAGUUCCGCCGAAGCCGUGAAUACUGGGCAUGAUGAACCCAGUAACGACAGUGCUGCAAGCGAUAGUCGAAAGAGAGUAAUCAAGAGUGCCCGGCUAGCACGCGCACAAAGGCAGCACUACUACAAGGCUCAACUAUUUCGGCAACAGGAUGGUACCUAUUCACAGACACCAUCAGCUUCAUCUCCUGUCUUGGAGUUUUCGAUUGCUCAUGGAAUGCAAACCAUGCAAAGGGCUUUAACGGAGGCUUUAACGGAGUUGGAAGAAAAAAGUAAUAGUAGCGCGUCGACGAUGCAAUACUUGGAGGCAAUGGCUUGCCCUCAUGGCGGAUGCAUCAACGGUGGGGGCGCUAUUUCAACUCGGGCCACAACUAACGGAGCCAUUGUUCGGGAGACGCCAACCGAAACGCGUCAGCGAGUCCAAAAAUCAUUGCAUUAUCUGGAACUUCCUCCUCGUCCGUCGCAUUCUGGUAAACCGAAUGGUAUCGGAAGCAGAAGGACGCGCUAUCAUGCUGUGCCCCAAAUGCAACACACUCUAGGGGCCACUGCAGGUGUGAAGGUAGAGGAUAUUCAAUGGUAA